AAUAAGAAGUUCACGAUGUGAGCGGUGAAAUGAAUAAGCAGUGGAAUAUUAGAACAUAUUGGCCUGUUUCGGCUUCGGAUGAAACAAAGAUUUUCAUAUCGCUGGAAACAAGCGUAUCAUUAAAAAAAAUUACUUCCGAAAUGGCAGAUAAUUUCGAGAAGGGAUAUCAUUGUACAUACUUAAAAUUAAUAACUUCCUCGGCUUAUAGCGUGCACUUAUCAAUUUAAUGAAAAAUAAAACAGCGUUAUUCUUAGUGUACACUUCGAUAUGAUAAUGUGAAUUCAGUCAGGCCGCAAUAUGGAUGAUGUGGAUAUUGAUGGGAUGCUCCAUUUGGUUGGAGAUUUUGGCAGAUAUCAGUUUCUUCUACUGUUCCUCUUCAGUAUAAUCAAUGUGCUUUCCGGAUUUCAUUAUUUCGGACAAACUUUCAUUAGUGUUAUACCGGAAUACGAGUGCAACUCUACUUCAUUCGAUGAGGGUGCGAAUGGAUUGGUUGAAAUCGGUGCUUGCAGUAUCAAGAUAUACAGCGAGGAUCAUAUUCAAGAGACACCCUGUACAUUUGGAUGGAACUUCACGAGCCAGUACAAUUACAUCAGUAUCAUACAAGAGUUCAACUGGAUAUGUGGACUAGAAUGGAUCCCGGCAUUGGGCCAAUCUGUCUUCUUCAUGGGUUCAGUCGUUGGCAGUUUGAUAUUUGGCGUUUUGGCAGACAAAAUAGGACGACUCCACUGUCUCGUGGCGUCACAUUCCUUGCUAUGCAUUGGAAAUAUGUUUACAGUCUUCUCAAAGGAUCCAAUCAGCUUCAUAAUGAGUCGAUUCAUAGCAGGAGGAGCCACUGAUACGAACUUUGUCAUGAUGUAUAUUAUCGUUAUGGAAUACAUCCGACCGAAGAUGCGAACCCUCGGCCUCAAUCUAACCAUCGGAGUUUUUUAUUGUCUAUCCUGCAUGACGGUCCCGUGGGUUGCAGUUUCCCUGGGAAACUGGUGGCUAUUUCUUACCGUGAUCUCGCUGCCCAAUCUUUUAAUUAUCUCGUUCUACCUAUAUGUCCCUGAAAGUGCACAGUGGCUCAUUAGUAAAGGACGGACGGAGGAGGCCAUCAAGUGUUUCAAGGAAAUUGCCAAGUAUAACAGGAGAGAGAUUCCGCAAAAAUCCAUAGACUCGCUGAAGCAAUAUUGCGAGAAGCACGUCGACAGCGGCCGGGGGAAGCACGAAAAUUUGCUGGGUCUCUUGAAAACCCCAAAGCUACGUAGGAAAACACUGAUUCUCGUCUUCAAAUCAAUGGUGAUGACACUGUGCUAUGAUGCCAUAUCUCGAAACGUGAAUGGUCUUGGAUAUUCCCCCUUCCUCGUCUUCAGUAUAACAUCAGCUACAAUCUUACCAUCCUGCAUUUUCAUCCUUAUCACUCAAGAUAGGAUAGGAAGAAAAGCUUUGGCUAGUGGAGCCCUCUUCGUCAGCGGCGUCUUCACCAUAUCCUCCGGUGUUUUUCAAGCUUCGAUGGAAAAACCACAACCUAUGAUAAUAUUGGCCUUAGCUAUAAUAGCUAGGCUCUCUGUUAACGUUGCUUACAAUUCUGGAGCGCAGUACGCUGUUGAAUUGAUACCAGUAGUUGUACGAGGACAAGGCGUGUCUGCUAUACAUGUGGCAGGGUAUGCUGCUAGCUUCUUUAGUUCACAGAUUCUUUUCUUGAGCACCAUUUGGCGGCCCUCUCCAGACGUCAUACUUGGAACUUUGCUAAUUUUAGGAGCUAUAGCGUGUCUCUUUCUACCAGAAACUUUGAACAAGGUGUUGCCGGUUACUCUGGAAGAUGGCGAGCUAUUUGGAGAAGGAGAAGGAAUAUUUGAGUUCUCGUGCUUCAAGAAACCAAGAAGCAUAAGCACCACUGAAUUGGUAGAGUGAAAAAUGAGGGAAAACAUGCAGUAAAAUUAUAAUUUAGUCAUAUGAGAAAAACGUUGAUUGUUAGAUAUUAAAUUAUUGUUUCUUCAAGGAA